ACCCAUUCUCACUGCCAAGUGAUCUUUCUUAGCCCCCAGGAGCAGCGCCAGGGAAAGGGAUGGGCAGGGGAAGGGCCCUGUCUGGGCUCAAAGCUUUGGGGGCACAAUGGAGAGUUUCUUUCUGUGAGAAACGUUGUUUACUGAUACAGACACAGGGAACUUGUUUUCAACAAUAUGCCUUUGAGUUCCAGCUUUGUUUAACACAGUUGUAAAGAGAGAGUAUUGCCUUUUUCUCUGGAUUCAGAGCUUUGACUUGCCUUUCUAAGGGAAGCUUGUUGUUUUGUUUUGUUUUUGAAGAUGGGGUCAUGCUGUGUUGCCCUGGAUGGUCUUGAGCUCAUGGGUUCAAGCUAACCUUCCAUCUCAGUUUCUGAAUGUCUGAAACUACCACUGUUUCCAGCUUCUGAAGAGUUUGUUCUAAGAGUUGACUUGUUGUGGGUGUCUGCUUACAGUCUUGGAAAUUGUAAAGGUGGUUGAUAGGAAAAAAAGAUGCCUGACUCUGAAACAGCCAGGAGGGUGAUGGUGGCAAGAGACUGACUCACCUUGAUUGCCAGUGGGCCUGCCUCAUGCCCGAUUCAGUGUUUUCCACUGUGAAAUGCCAUUGGCAUUGGGCAUACUGUAUCUUUGCUAUCCCCAAACUAGACUUGUGUGCUUUCUUGUGACUCUCGGACAAGGCUCUUCACGCUGUUAUGCCUUAGUGCUUCCUCAUUCUCAUUCAACAUCUGCUUCUUGCUGAGUCUUCAGAUAGGAGACCAGAAACUAGAGCAUCUAGCCCUACCCAUGGAAACUCAAGCCAAUCAUGUAUCUCAGGAACCUCAGGCCCUGCUUGAGAGUGCUCUUCCUUCUUCGAAAGUUCCUGCCUUUUCUGACAAGGACAGCCUGGGGGAUGAGAUGUUGGCAGCUGCACUCCUAAAGGCCAAGUCCCAGGAGUUGGUGACAUUUGAAGAUGUAGCUGUGUACUUUAUCCGGAAGGAGUGGAAGCGUUUGGAACCUGCUCAGAGGGAUCUCUAUAGGGAAGUGAUGCUAGAGAAUUAUGGGAAUGUAUUCUCACUGGAUGGUGAAUCCAGAACUAAAAAUGAUCAAGAAAUUUCUGAAGAUACAGGAUCACAUGGGGUGCUGUUGAGACGAUUCCAGAAGGAUAUUUCUCAGGGUCUUAAGUUUGAAGAAACCUAUGAACAAGAAGUUAGUCUAAAGAGGCAACUAGGGAACUCCUCUGGAGAAAGAUUGAAUAGGAAAAUACAAGAUUUUGGUCAUGUGACAGUUAAGGAAAAGCUUACCACUGUGGGAGAGAGAAAGGAGAAACAUAAUGAGUUUAGGAAUAGCUACACUGUGAAUUCCAACCUUAUUUCCCAUCAGAGACUUCUUAUGGGAGACAGACCCCAUAAGUGUGAUGAAUGUAACAAGAGCUUUAAUCGAACUUCAGACCUUAUUCAACAUCAGAGAAUCCACACUGGGGAAAAGCCCUAUGAAUGUACUGAAUGUGGGAAGGCUUUCAGCCAGAGUUCUCAUCUUAUUCAGCACCAGAGAAUCCACACUGGGGAGAAGCCUUAUGAAUGUAAUGAUUGUGGAAAGACCUUCAGUUGUAGCUCUGCUCUCAUUCUCCAUCGGAGGAUCCACACCGGGGAGAAACCUUAUGAAUGUAAUGAGUGUGGAAAAACUUUUAGCUGGAGCUCCACCCUGACUCACCAUCAGAGAAUCCACACUGGUGAAAAGCCCUAUGCCUGUAAUGAAUGUGGGAAGGCCUUUAGUAGGAGCUCUACCCUUAUUCAUCAUCAGAGAAUCCACACUGGAGAAAAACCUUAUGAAUGUAAUGAGUGUGGGAAGGCCUUCAGCCAGAGCUCACACCUCUAUCAGCAUCAGAGAAUUCACACUGGAGAGAAGCCCUACGAAUGUAUGGAAUGCGGAGGAAAGUUUACUUACAGUUCAGGCCUUAUUCAGCAUCAAAGAAUCCACACAGGGGAGAAUCCCUAUGAAUGUAGUGAGUGUGGGAAAGCCUUCAGGUAUAGCUCUGCUCUUGUUCGUCACCAGAGGAUUCACACUGGAGAGAAGCCUUUGAAUGUAACGGGUAUGAGCAAAAGUUCCCUCAGAGUUACUGCUGAAUUAAGUAUCAGAGAGUCUACAUGAAAGAGAGCCACAUACUAUUUUCCUCACUUCCCCUGAGUUGAAAGAGCUCUUGCCUUACUGCAUAAGUGUGAACAAGUUAGGAUGUGUCCCUUCCACCUCAGACCUUUCACUUUAGAAAAGGGACAGAUUGGGUGAUCAGCAACCUACUAGAUUUCUCAGCAGUGACACCAGCCUUUAAAAUCUGUAAGGCAAGCAGUGGAUAAAGUGCAGGGAACCGAAGGAAGCCUGGAGUCCAGUCAAACUUAUUUGGGUGGGAGAUUGCACUAACCCUUCUUCUUACACCAGAGGAGCCUUUCUUUCCAAGGUGGGGAGUGGAAGCUUAGUAGGAACAAAAUUCCAAGGAUUCCACUAGUUGGAAUCAUGUACAGUGAGCACAGAAGGCAGCAGAAAGAAUGUUCUGGGUCCUCCUAUUUGCUGGGAAGGGAAAUAGAGGCUGUAUUUCAAAUCCACUCUUCCCAAUUCAGCUUUAAGAUUUGUGUUGUUUCGUGAUUUUAUAACUUGGAGAAACUAGGUGUUGAGGGGUUUGCUAUUUUAUUGAGGAGGGGGAAAAGACCCCAGAGAGAAUUUCUGUGAUGACUGUAUCCUGUAGGGCUCUUGGCACAGCAAGACCACAAAUCCAAGAGCAACAUCCCCAGCCCUUUUUAAAAAUUUUUUAUUUUGCCUCAGCAUCUCACUAAGUUGCUUAGUGAGAUGGGCAGACCCCUCAUGGUCCUCUUGGUUGUAGUGGGACUGAAUGGGAAAGCCAUGUAAGCAGUGAAUAACCUGAGGGAACAGAUAAGAAGCAUACAGCAUUGGCCUCUGAUUCCUGUCCCCUCUCCCUCUUCCUACUCCUGUGAAGACAAGUAAUUUAAUCCCACCCUCUAGUUAUUAAGGAUGCUUUUGAGGAGCUCACUCUGCCAACCUAUUCUGUCUUCUGUCAUCUCUAAUAUCUGGCCUCAGCAAUCUGAACUCUCCUGACUCCACGUUGACUUCAGCCGCGGAGGAUUAAUGCAAAUAAAGAGAAAGCCCAGAGGAGGCAGGCUGUGGCUUGAGCCUGGUGGAGGGCUCCUGUUGGGUUAGGAUGGUGCUCCCUGAAUUUUCCUGGGCCAAGGGAUGAUCUUCCAUUGUGUUUCCCUGAUCCUGCUCAUCCUGUAGCAUUAAUGAAGUGCACUAUUAAACAGAAUAGUUUUUUCAGAAGGAGAUUUAGUGGGUUUUUUUUUUUUUUUUUUGUACAGGGACCGUAUUCAUUCAACUAAAACAGGACACAGUGACUAUAAGUGGAAUUUGAACAUUAAACUUGAUACAGACAGCAAUUUGUCUUUAAAUUGCAAACAUGAGAUUUCCCUUUCUCUCAGGCUCAUUCUUCUAAGACUGUCUCAGAAUCACUCCCACCCUCAUAUCCCAUUUAGAAUUUUAUGAGUUACAGAUAUUCUGUGUGGCACAAUACUUUUUUUUUUGUACCAGGGACACUUAACCACUGAAACACAUCCCCACCCCUUUUUAUUUUUUGAGACAAGUUCUCACUAAGUUGCUUAGGGCCUUGUUAAAUUGCUGAGGCUGGCCUCAAACUUGUGAUCCUCCUGCCUCAGCCUCCUGACUUACUGGGAUUACGUGGGUGUGCUACCAUGCCUGGCUGUGGUACAAUAUAUAAGACCAGCAACCAAAAAUAGAAUGGUGGUACUGGGGUAUGGGGUACCUGAGAAGAGAGUACUUGGUUGUUGGGUAGUCAUGGGCAAAUUUAGAUUUCUUGUUUUGCCUAUUUGCCCUAUGAAGGAUAGGUUGAAAAUCUGAAGAAAUUCAGAAAAUGUAUGGAGCUCUGGCCUAUUUGGAAAGUUUUGGAUUAUAUAUUGUGAUUGAUCAUCUGUUUUUAAUUUCACAAAACUAAUGAAACUGAUCAUUUUGAUUUUAAAAUUUAUUUUUUAUUAGAGAUUAAUGGUUACACAUAGCAGCUGGGUUCAUCCUGACAAACUCGUACAUGCCUGGAAAUCAAUUUCAGUUAGAUUCCCUUUUUCUUACCCAGUCGUUUUGACUUUUAAUAUUUGCCACAUAUUUGCAGAUUCACUUUAUUAUUCAAAGUGUGGGCUUGAAUUACCGAUAUUGGAAUUAUAGAUUUUUGAGCUCGAAGUCAGACCUAUAUGAUUCUGGGAAUAGAGUUAAAAUUUACACUGAGAAGGAAGAAAUAGUCAUGGAAUAGUUAAAAUUUUUAUUGCUGGGUAGAAGUUAAAGCUGAGCUAAAUCUUAGAAGACAGAGUGAGGAGGAAUUCAUUUUGUGCGUCUCUGGAAAAGACCUCUUAGCAGGUAAGAUAGCUGGGUGAUGGGUAGUCACUAAAUAUGAAGGCUUAGCUCCUCUGCUCAGAUGUGGAAACAGACUGAAAUCGCCCCAAAAGGAUCUUAUGACAAUUCUUCAGAAGGUCCUAGUAGGGCCUAUUGCUGAUCAUGGUGGUUAUGUGAAAAGUCAAGAUUUUUAAAAUAAUUUUGAAACUACAUUUUACUUUAUUUUCCUACAUAUCAUCCGUAUUUUCCAUGAUUUUUUUCUAUAAUCGUUGGAAUCUAUUUAUUCCCCAGGCUUCAACUAUCACCUCUAUGUAAAUGAGUCAUUAGACUGCAUGUGUGGUACUGAUCUCACAAGUUCAGUGUUGGGUCUCCAGCAUAGCAUUCACACUGGACUUGUUCAUUUCAAACUAGAUACGCCUUUCCCACUUAGUAUUCCCCUCAAAAUAUCUGUAAGCUCUUGAGUCAAAACCUGUAGUUUUCUUCAUACUCUGUAACCUCCCACAUCUAAGUAGCGUUGAGUCUUGAUGCAGGUUAGGUAAGCUUGGAGUGAGUGGAAAGAGAUUAUUUUCAGGGAAGUUUUCUGGGUUGAGGAAGAGAGUAGCUUUCCAGGUGAUGGUAACAGAAGCUAACACUUGGCCUUUCUCUGUGCUAGCCUUACUUGGCCCCUUUCCAAGUGUUUUUCAUAUAUUCAGUCAUUGGAUCCUCACAACAAUCUGUGUGAAGCAGGUGGGGUUGGUAUUUCCAAUUUAUAGACAAAAGCAGUUACCCAGUGAGCUAAGAUGGUGAGUUUAGAGAAUAGAUCUCCCCUGGGCUGCUCUGCUUGGUGGGUGUCUGGGCCACAUGGCCCAAAUGAUGGCUGUGAGGUGGGGAAACAUGGGAAGGUUGGCACUAUGUCAGUCUUAUUGUUGGAAACCUUUCAGUGGCUUCUCCCUUAUAGAAGAAUAAAAUGAUAGAAUAAAUUUAUAAAAUAAAAAUUCUAGCUCAGCCUUAGAGUCCAGGCUGUCCUUGAGCCGAUCUCUACACAUCAGAGUAACCUUAUGUCUUCUUGUUGCUCCUCUUGACAUAUGAAACAGCAAAAUAACAAAGCCUCAGAAACAUCCAACACUCAUGCCCAUGAGUUUGCCCACAGGCGUUCUUAUGUUUAGCUCUUCACAUGGAAUCAAUAAAAACCAGAGUCAAAGAAACCAUUUUUCGGGGGGCAGGGGUUGCUAGGGAUUUAGCUCAGGGGUGCUGAGCUACAUCCCUAACCCAUUUAUUUAUUUAUUUUGAUUUUUUUUUUUAAAUUUAUAGACAGAUUCUCACCAAGUUGAUUAUGGCCUCCAUAAGUUGCUGAGGCUGGCCUUUCUCUGUUACAGCUGCUGGGAUGGGAGGCUCUCUGUUGCACAGGGCAAAAGCAUACCUACCACUCCAGUGUUCAUCCUUCUAAUUACUGGAAAUUAAGUUGGGCUGAAUUCUACCUCCUUUUAAAUUCCUCUGGUAGCUUCUGAUGUUUUCUUCUCAACCUACACAAUGUAGUCAUUUGUAAAAAUAAAAGGGGCUGGGUUGUGGCUCAGUGAUAGAGGGCUUGCCUAGCAUGUGUGUGGCACUGCUUUCAACUCUCAGCACUGCAUAUAAAUAAAUGAAUAAAAUAAAGGUCCAUCAACAACUGAAGACAUAUUUUUAAAAAAUAAGAGGGACAAGAUUUGCAAGGACAUAUUCAGUCAUAGCAAAAAUAAUUUCAUUAUUGAUAGUUCCUCCCAUUCCAAAUCAUUCCUGUUAUUUGAAAUACAGCCCGAAGGAUUUUGACAAAGGAUAUGUUGCCAACUAAGAGAAAAGUCCAGUUUAAUCUGAACAUUUCAGGUAACAGAAGUAUGAACCAUGGAGUGGUGGAGAAGAGCAUCUUAAUGAACUGUUCCUUUUUAGUAAAAGAUUGUUUUUUAAAUCUCCCCAGAGAUUUUUAUUUAUACAUUGUUUUCUAGAGUUUAAUAAUUUUCUUCCACUUGAAAAAUAAAGCCCAGUUAGCUGCUU